CCACUACUAUAAGCGUUCUGCUCUUGUUCUUCCUCCUUUUGAUUCUGCUACUCUUUGUAGGAAUAAUAUUAUGAUGGCUAAAAAAGAUUGUAGCAUUUUUGUUAUCUUUGCCUCUCUUCUAGCAUUUUGGAUAGCUGCAGCAGGGGCGUGUAAUGCAGAAGGGUUGAAGAUGAAAUUCUACAAAGAGAGUUGCCCACAAGCUGAGAAAAUUGUCAAGGAGAUUAUAGGGAGCAGAGUUCCAUCAAAUCCUGCUUUGCCAGCAAAAUUGCUUAGGAUGAAUUAUCAUGAUUGUUUUGUUAUGGGUUGCGAUGCAUCUAUAUUGUUAGAUGCAGUUAACAAUACACAGGCAGAGAAGGAUGCGUUACCAAAUCUAAGCUUAUCUGGUUUCGAUGUGAUUGAUGAUAUCAAGACUCAGAUUGAGCAAGUUUGUCCUAACACUGUUUCCUGUGCUGAUAUUCUUGCACUAGCUGCUCGUGAUGCUGUUUCUUUUCCGUUUAAUAGACGACUGUGGAAGGUGCCCACUGGAAGAAGAGAUGGUAGGAUCUCCCUUGCGUCAGAAGUCACCAAAAAUCUUCCCUCUCCAUUCUCAAAUUUUACAACUCUUUUAGAAUUAUUCAAUAAAAAGGAUCUUAAUCUUAAUGACUUAGUACUUCUAUCAGGUGCACAUACAAUUGGACUUAGUCACUGUGGCACUUUCUCGAGAAGGCUUUACAACUUCACCGGGAAAGGUGAUCAAGAUCCUUCCUUGGACCCAACCUAUGCCGAAUUCCUAAAGAAGAAGUGCUCUAAUCCGGCGAACCCUGCAACCACCGUGGAAAUGGAUCCGCAAAGCGCACUCUCAUUUGACAAAAAUUACUACCAAACUGUGUUGGAGAACAAGGGUCUGUUCCAAUCGGAUGCUGCACUUCUCACCAACAGACAAUCAGCUAAGAUAGUAAGACAUUUGCAGAUCUCCACUUCAUUUAUAGCGAAGUUUGCCAACUCCAUGGAGAAGAUGGGAUCCAUAGAAGUUCUCACCGGAAACACUGGAGAAAUAAGGAAGCAAUGCCGCUUUGCAAAUUGAUUAAACGAAUAUAUUAAGAUCCACCAUAUUAUCCAAGUGUUAUUUGUUUUACGCACUGUUUAUGCUCCUAAAUAAAUAUUGCUGUAAGAU